AUGGCAUGUCUCCUGGGAAACAACUACAAGCUUGUUCUUGGCUCCAACCGGCUUACCAAUCUGGGCCCCGAGGCCGAGCAGCGCUUCAUCAGGAAGCUGGUGAAACACGAGAAGUACAACAACAAGCUGAACAGCGGAGGGGUGCUGUUCAGAGACAUCACCUUGCUGGAGAUGGACGAGCCCGUCAACUGCAGCGACUACAUCCAGCCAGCCUGCCUGCCUGACGAAAGGCUGCCGAUUUUGGCGCUCAGCCAUUGCUACGUCAGCGGCUGGGGUGGCAUGCAGCCGGAAGAUUUCACCCCUCCUGACAUCAUGCAGGAAGCGACAAUGAAUACCUUCAGCAGAAAAAAAUGUAUGAAGUGGUGGCGCAGGAGGAUCCCUACACAGAACAUCUGUGCCGGACAUGAAGAAGAAACAAUUUCAAUUUGCAAGGGUGACAGUGGAGGCCCCCUGAUGUGCAGGGAAGAGAGGUCUGAGCGCUACUUGGUGAUUGGAGUCGCCAGUUUCGGACCAGUGUUAUGCGGCACAGCGAAGCUGCCAGGCGUCUUCAUCUCCACACAGUACUUUCUAGGAUGGAUCCAAAGGAACUCUAAGCUGCAGCUCUCAGCUCCCGGAAACACCCCAUUGCUGGCACAGCCCCAGACCACGAAACCACGCAAACCCAGGACUUCAACUACCAUGGCCAAGCCAAAAACCCACAAGCCUCAGUGGGUGAGGCCCCCGCUGUGGAGUGGGGGGCUUCCUCCCUGGGUAAAGACCACAACAUCCCCCAUCCCGCCCUGGAUGAGGGAGAACAAUGGGAGGCGCCCAAGGCCUGGCCACAGGACUGGGUCAAGAUCGCAGCUGCCCUCAUUCCAUAUGGCACCUCGAAGCCAGUUCACAGAUCCACCAGGGUACUACCCUGGCUCCGAAGACUACUACGAUCUGCUUCUGCCCUCAGGAAAGCAGGAUUGA